UUUUCUUACUUUUUUCUUUUUCUAUAAAAAUCUUUCUCUUUCUUCCUCUUUUUCUAUCUCUUAACAACACAACAUUGAACGAGUCCUCGAAUCUUCCUGUCACUAAUGCUUCGGGUCCUGAAAAACAAAUCCCCAUAUCCCACAGGACCCAUCAAGCGCCAUUAACGUCGCACAAUUGCUUAAUUUUUUUUUUUCGCAAUUUAUUUAUAAUUUUCAACCAAGAAAAAUAACACCAACGUCAUGGAUUCUCUUAUCGCUUCAGAAUUUCAACUCUGCUUUUUUUGGUUUUGAUGAUAAAGCUUGAAUUUUGAUGGUAAUGUGGUAGCCUGAGUUGUUAUUAUUCAGCUACUAUGUCUAUGGAUUCUUCCUCUUUUGAGGGAGUUGCAGCUGAUUCAUCAAGAUGCAGUAAGAUGAGUAUGGAGGAGAAGAGGGAACUAGUUUAUGAAUUAUCGAAGCGAUCACAUGUUGCCUCUGAACUGCUACAGACAUGGACCCGUCAGGAGAUUUUACAGAUCCUAUGUGCAGAGUUGGGAAAAGAGAGGAAAUAUACUGGCUUGACUAAGUUGAAAAUCAUAGAAAACCUUCUGAAACUUGUUUCUGAAAAGAAUUCAGGGGAACGUGAGGUGAAAACUGAGGCUGAGCUUCUGUCUUCUCCUUUUUCCUCUCAGAGAGCAUCCAAAAAGCAGAGGAAAAUUGAAAACCCUUCUCGGCUCCCUGUUCCAGUGAAUGAACCUGCUAUCAACACUGGUGGCAAUGACAUAGUUAAUGCUAUAUAUUGUAAGAACUCGGCUUGCAGGGCUACCUUAAGAGUAGAAGAUGCAUUUUGCAAGCGGUGUUCAUGCUGUAUCUGCCAUCAGUAUGAUGACAAUAAGGACCCUAGCCUGUGGUUAACUUGCAGCACAGAACCUCCAUUUGAAGGGGAGUCAUGUGGCAUGUCUUGCCAUUUGGAGUGUGCCCUGAAAAAUGAAAGAUCUGGAAUUGGAAAAGGUAGAUGCUUUCCGGGACUUGAUGGGAGCUUUUAUUGUGUGUCAUGCGGAAAAGUAAAUGAUUUACUUGGAUGCUGGAGAAAACAACUUAUGGUGGCAAAGGAUACUAGACGAGUGGACAUACUGUGUUAUCGAGUCUCCUUGGGCCAGAAACUUCUUCAUGGGACUGACAAGUAUCAAAGUCUCUCUAAGAUUGUAGAUGAUGCUAUCAAGAUGCUUGAAGCUGAAGUGGGUCCAUUAACUGGUCUACCUGUCAAGAUGGGUAGGGGUAUUGUCAACAGGCUUUCUUCAGGGCCGGAAAUUCAGAAACUCUGUGCUUCUGCUUUGCAGUCAUUGGAGGAAAUGAUUUCCAACACCAUCUUGCCCAAUCCUGCAAGAAAAGAUUCAAAUUUGAUUGUUCCCAACAUGGUUAGAGUGGAAGAUGUUCAUGCAACAUCCCUUACUGUCGUAUUGGGUUCAGAAGAUCCUUCCCCCGUGAUUAAUAUUUCUUACAGCUUAUGGCAUCGCAAGGCUCACGAAGACUAUCCAGUUAGGCCUACUUGUACAUUGUUUUCACCAAACCCGAGGUUUGCUGUCACAGGACUUACUCCAGCUACAGAUUAUCAGUUCAAAGUUGUUUCCUUAGUUGGUACAAAAGAGUUGGGUAAAUGUGAAGUUUGGUUCUCAACUGACAGUACCAGGGCUGAUGUAACGAACCCAAUAACGGAAAGAAGUCACAGCCCAGCUACAAACUAUAGCAGUCUUUCUAAUUCAUCAUCUGUAGAAGACGAAACCAAUAACGUCACUCUGGCCAGGGACCAAAAUGAUGAUCGAGUGGACAAUUACUUUACUUACUGCAAGGACACUGAUAAAGUAGCUUCUGCUCAUAUAUCCGAUGAAGCUGUUGACUGUGAUGUUCUGGUUGAAGGAGCAACCCCGCCAGAUGCAGUUUCUCUGUUGGAAGAAGAGCGUGCCAUCAAUAUAGAUGGCUCUAUGCCUAAUUCUGAUGUCCGAAAGCUUGAGAACAAGCAUCUUCCAAAGGGCCAAUUCAUUGAGGAGAUGAGUACUGAUAAUGGGUUAGAUAAUCCAGUGCCAACUGGCAUGGAAUGUGUGCCAUAUGUAGGUACUUCAGAAGCUAGCUUGCCGAUUACACCCUGCAAGAUAGAAAUACUCAAGGAUGGACAGGGAAGGAAUGCAAGGUCCAAAUCAAGCAACGAGGAUAUGGAAAAUAGGAUCGGCAAAGGAGACGAGCCCCAAGAUAACAGCACAUCAAAAAAGAGAAGUGCUGAAAGGAAAGAAAAGGAGUGUACUGUGAACGGUGCUUCAGACAGAGAUUUUGAGCACUGUGUGAAGGUGAUCAGAUGGCUAGAGUGUGAGGGACAUAUAGAAAGGAACUUUAGGCAGAAAUUCUUGACUUGGUACAGCUUGAGAGCAACCUCACAGGAGGUAAGGAUUGUAAAAGUGUUUAUUGAUACCUUUGUUGGAGAUCCAGCAUCUCUUGCAGAGCAACUUGUGGAUACCUUUUCAGAUUGCAUCUCAAGCAAGAGAUCCUCAGUUGUGCCUGCUGGAUUCUGCAUGAAGCUUUGGCAUUGAUUAUCUUUAUCUGAUAAAAUUAGUUCUCAGCCAGCAUAACCCACUUAGGGUGCUCAUAGCAUAAUUCUUUAGACCCUUUAACAUUGACAAUUAUCGUCAUCAUUUAAAUUUAUCAGUAGGAUUUGCCAUUCUUAUGAUGUUGUAAGAAUGUUAGAAUUUAUUUCUUCUACAAUACAGUUCUCUCCUAUUCGUUUA